AUGAAGUUCUCUACUAUCGCUUCCGUCCUUUUGGCUAAUGCGGGUGUAUCACUCGCGGCGCCCAGCCCUUCCCUGACCAAGAGAGCCCCGGCUACUGCCAUUGAGUCGAUCACCGGUGACAACGGCAUCACCACGCCUCUGCCCAUCCAGCCCGGUAUGGUCGAUAACUGUGACAAGUUUUACUUCGUCAAGGAGCGCGACAACUGCCUCAAGGUCUCAGCCGAGUUCGGUAUCUCCUUCGAUCAGUUCAAGGAGUGGAACCCCACUGUUGGCGAUGAGUGUCUGAACCUCUGGGCCGACGUCAACGUCUGCGUUCACACAAUCGGCUUUGAGUAUCCCGAAAUCGCUGCGUGUUACAGCAGCAAGAACUCUAUCCCCUGGGGAAAUAACAAGGCUGCUGCCCUCAAGGCUGCCAAUGACUGGUGCAGCAAGGGCGCAACUGACAAUGGCGCCAACGGAGCCUACAACAUUGGCGAGACAAGGAAGACAUGUGUCAACGCGCCGUCUGGUGAUGGAAAGAUCAUCUUUGAAGUCUUCAACGAUUGGGGUGUCAGAAAGGGCCUUACUACCACUGUCUGCAACAAGUACCUUGCUCUUCCCGUCAACGGUUGCCCUGAGGGAGGUCAAGGAAGGGUUCAGAGUUGGCGCAUUCAGACUAUCCUUGAGAAGGGCAAGUGCUAG